AUGUCGAAGUCCGUCACGCCGGGAGCAGUCUCUGCAAUCCUGGCAGAUCCGAACCCCGACUCCCCGGAAAUCGUUCCCGAGCUCAUAGUGCAGGUCGUCGAUCUUAAGCCCAUUGGCAACAGCACCACCCGAUUUACGUGAGCUUCUCCUUCCUCUUUGCAUUACCCUUCUACUUUCUCUUAUGUUAACUUAUUUUAGAUCGUUUUUUUUAUUUCUCCGAGCUACCGCAUGAUUUUUGCCUAUUUUUCGUCGUUUGAUUAUUUUAUUCCAGAUUUCCUAGGAGACCUGCUUUUGUGUAAUAUUUUACGUUGUAAUGUGUUUCGCAGAUUUUUCCUUUAUGAUUCCAAUAUUAAGAUUCCAUUCACCUUUUUCUGGAUCAUGACUACGCAGGUUGUAGACAUUUACUUUCGGUAUCGACUUUUGCUUACGUUUCCUCUGAUUCAUGAUGUUUGCUUUCCCUCAACUUGGGACACUGGAAAAUGGGUUCUAUUUGUGUCGGUUUCAUGUCAGACAUUGAUGUUCUGCCACUCUUAUAUUUUCUUUGGAGCUAACUAUUGGUGCGAAUCUGUAUUCCCUGACUUAUGACGCUGUAUGAUUUGAUCUUAAAUACAGCUGUUAUUAAUCUCAGGUUCAUGGCUAGCGACGGCAAGAUGAAGAUGAAAGCAAUGCUUCCAACUCAUUUUGCUUCGGAGAUACAUUCAGGAAACCUUCAAAACCUAGGUCUUGUUCGCAUCCUGGAUUACACCUGCAAUUCUAUACCCAACCAGUCAGAGAAGUACAGUAAUAUCUCGCCUCCGCGUUUGUUUCAAUUCUUUUGCGGUUCCUGUCAUUUGAAAUGCGGAUUGUUACAGGGCUUUGAUAGUGACAAAAUGUGAGGUGACAUCUCCUGCUCUUGAGAAAGAGAUCAAAGAUGAUCUUAAAAACGUUGGACUAGGAAUUAUUUUGAAGCCGAAGCAGGAAGUGAUAGCAAAGUCUGCUGCGCAGAUUGUGAAUGAGCAGCGUGCAAAGUAUGUUUUUUCUGGUUUACUAGGUUCAUUGACAUCCUCAUGUAGUUGUGCUUUUGACGCAAGAUGCUAUAGCUGAUCUUGAUUUAAUGGUGAUUCCACGCUACAGUGCUGCUCCUGCUGCUAGAAUGGCCAUGACAAGGAGAGUACAUCCGCUUGUCUCUUUGAAUCCUUACCAAGGAAAUUGGACAAUAAAGGUUCGAGUAACUAAUAAGGGAAAUAUGCGUUCAUACAAGAAUGCAAGGGGGGAAGGCCAUGUUUUCAAUGUAGAAUUGACGGAUGAAGAUGUAAGUUUGCUGUUUUCCACAUAACUUCCAUAAAAAAAAAGAAUACUGGCACGUCAUAUCGAUUACGUGGCCUGUUUUCUGCAUAUUCUAGUGGGACAUUUAGUUUCAGGCACUCAUUUUGAUAUCUGUCUUUUCAUUCACAAAAUACGCACAUAAGAGAGAAAUUGGAAGUCUACCGGAUCAUUUUCUCGGUUUUGACCCCUGCUAAUACUUUUUAUCAUUCCGACCCUACCUCCUUUUUGCGAUUUCUCCGCAUACAGCCCAUCUAAACAAUUUCAUAUUCCGUAGCAGAUACAUCUCUUUACAAGUUCAUCAAUUUCUGUGAAUUUUGAUCUCAGGGCACACAGAUACAAGCAACUAUGUUUAAUGAAGCGGCGAAGAAGUUCUACCCCAAAUUUGAAUUUGGAAAGGUGUAUUAUAUUUCCAAAGGAUCUCUCAAGGUUGCGAAUAAACUGUUUAAAACAGUCAAGAAUGAUUAUGAGAUGACCCUGAACGAGAAUUCAGAAGUUGAAGAGGCUGCUAGUGAAGGAGCAUUCAUUCCAGAGAUGAAAUUUGAUUUUGUGAAGAUCGACCAGCUGGGCUCAUACGUCAAUGGGAGGGAACUUGUUGGUAAAUUUCCUCUUAGAAUCUUCAGCUUAAUGAUAAUAACAGUAAUGAUAAUAUAAUAAGUAUUUGUCCUAUCUUUCCUGGAUCUCCUGAUUGUACUCAUGCAUCUGGCAGAUAUCAUCGGGGUUGUGCAGAAUGUCUCAUCUACAUUGAGUGUCCGAAGAAAGAGCAAUAACGAGUCUGUUCCAAAGCGAGACGUCACCAUUGCUGAUGAUUCGUAAGGAAAAUUACGUCUUCUCCUUUAGCUUCUUGUAGUUUCAACAUCGAGUUCUUAUCAGAUUGUCUCUAAUGACAGGAAGAAAACCGUCGUUGUUUCCCUCUGGAAUGAGCUUGCCACGGACGUGGGUCAGCAGUUGCUGGACAUGGCCAGCGAGGCUCCUGUUGUGGCAAUGAAGUGCCUUAAAGUCGGAGACUUCCAAGGCGCGUUUCUCUCUUUUCUACCCUUCUAGCCUUCUUUUGACCUUUGUCAGUGGGUCUGAUAAAUUGAAGUACUCUCUGUAGGCGUGACCCUCUCAUCCAUAAGCAGAAGCUCUGUGCUUAUAAACCCAGACGUGCCGGAGUCAAAGAAACUCAGAUCUUGGUGAGAAUCCUCCAACCCAACUCCUUCGAUCUCACCUCUUCAAAGUGGAAUCUUCCUAAUGUCAGCCUGUGUUUCAUCAACAGGUACGACUCCGAAGGCAGGGAGACCGCAAUGUCUUCUGUCGGUUCCGGCCUGGUCAACGCUUCCUCGAGGAACAGCCCGGCCUCCAUGUACUCAGACCGGGUCACCCUCUCUCACAUCACCGGAGAUCCCACUCUGGGUCAAGAAAAGGUGCAUUACUAACUCAUUUAGGUACCAAACCAGGGAAACCGGUCCACUUUAAAAGCUCUUCCGCUGACCCGCAUCUCUCUGCCGUUAAAAUGGGCAGCCAGCAUAUUUCAGUGUAAAAGCCUACGUGAGCUUCAUCAAGCCCGACCAGACCAUGUGGUACCGGGCGUGCAAGACCUGCAACAAGAAGGUGACCGAGGCCGUGGAAUCUGGUUUCUGGUGCGAAGGCUGUCAAAAGAACGACGCCGAGUGCAGCUUGAGGUAAACAAGCUGAUGAGCGCCCCAUGAGCAUCCCUUCCCUCCCCCCCUCUCCCCCCCCCUCUCUCUCUCUCUCUCUCUCUUUCUCAAUGUGUGUAUCAUUCACGCAGGUACAUCCUGGUAGUCAAGGUCUCGGACCCGACGGGGGAAGCCUGGCUUUCUGUGUUCAACGAGCAGGCGGAGAAGAUCAUCGGGUGCUCAGCUGACGAGCUCGACAGGGUCAAAACAGAGGUAUAAAUAAGCCAGCGACCGACUGGUUUUCCGGCUCUCCGCCAUUAUUGAUUUUCGCUCUCUUGCUGCUACGUCUCUGGUUCGACAGGAGGGUGACGAAAAACUACAGAUGAUGCUCAAGGAGGCGACGUGGGUCCCCCACCUGUUCCGGGUCAGCGUGGCUGUCCACGAGUUCAUGGGCGAGAGGAGACAGAGGAUCACUCUACGUGCCCUCUCCCCCGUUGACUCCUUGACCGAGUCAAGGUACCUUCUCGAGGAGAUCUCCAAGCUGAAGCUCUCCCCCUCGUAG